GACGCGAUAACACGCAUGCGCAGACCAACACUGCUGUGUAGAAGGACAAACUUGACUUCAGCAAACCUACGUACACGUCCACCCGGAGGCGAGCACGCAUGGUCUGUCGGGGCUCAGAUGUACUUCUAUAGCCCACAGUGACUCGACAAUCUGACAGAGUGUACACUCAGCUGUCCUGCGUUUUCCCCAUUCCUGAUUGUUGUGUGCGAGUGGACGUUUAGCGAUGCCUCCAGCGACGGGCGGUCCGGUGGGCUACACCCCUCCAGAAGGCGGCUGGGGUUGGGCCGUAGUGGUUGGUGCUUUUAUCAGCAUCGGUUUCUCUUAUGCCUUUCCCAAAUCCAUCACUGUGUUUUUUAAAGAGAUUGAGGUGAUCUUCAACGCCACCAGCAGCCAGGUCUCGUGGAUUUCUUCUAUCAUGUUGGCCGUCAUGUACGCCGGAGGACCAAUCAGCAGCAUCCUGGUAAACAAGUAUGGCAGUCGACCAAUCAUUAUUGUCGGAGGCUGUCUGGCUUCCACGGGCCUGAUCGCGGCAUCCUUCUGCAACACGGUGGAGGGCCUGUAUUUCUGUGUGGGAGUUGUAGGAGGUCUUGGUUUGGCCUUCAAUCUGAAUCCUGCGUUGACAAUGAUUGGAAAAUAUUUCUACAAGCGGCGUCCGAUUGCUAACGGCAUUGCCAUGGCAGGCAGCCCAGUUUUCCUCUCUACGCUGGCACCUUUGAACAGCUGGCUAUAUGAUCAGUUUGGCUGGAGGGGGAGUUUCCUUAUCCUGGGUGGUGCGCUGCUGAACUGCUGUGUGGCCGGCUCACUGAUGCGCCCCAUCGGACCAAAACCUCAGCCCAAACCUGAGGUACAGGACGGAGGGACCAAUAGGCGUGAGAAGAAAACAGCGAUGCAGACCAUCAACAGCUUCAUCGACCUGACCCUGUUUAAGCAUCGUGGUUUUCUACUUUACCUCUUGGGCAACGUGAUAAUGUUUUUUGGUCUGUUUGCCCCACUUGUCUUCCUCAGCAACUAUGCUAAAAGCAUGGGCAUCUCCAAAGACAAGGCAGCCUUCCUGCUUUCCAUGCUGGCCUUCACAGACAUGAUAGCACGGCCAUCUAUGGGUCUGGUGGCUAACACUCGCUGGGUUCGUCCACGCAUACAGUAUUUCUUCGCCGCAGCAGUGCUAUAUAACGGCAUCUGUCACCUGUUGGCACCGAUGUCCGUGGACUAUGUAGGCUUCUCUGUCUAUGCAGUGUUUUUUGGUGUGGCAUUCGGCUGGCUCAGCUCUGUGCUCUUCGAGACGCUCAUGGACCUUGUGGGGGCACAGAGAUUCUCUAGUGCCGUAGGUCUCGUCACCAUUGUCGAGUGUGGACCCGUUCUACUUGGACCCCCCUUACUGGGUAAACUGAAUGACAUCUACCAUAACUACAAAUACACGUACCUUGGCUGUGGCAUCGUCCUCGUGAUAGCCAGCGUGUUUCUGUUCGUCGGCAUGGGCAUCAACUACCAUCUGCUAGACCGAGAGAAGAAAGAGGAGGAGAGGAAAGCUGGACUUGAAGACAAGGAACAAGAGACCAACAUAGAUAAAGCAUUGAAAGAGAAGGAAGCUGAGAAUGACGUGUCUACACCCCUCACACAAGCAGACGUGGCCAAACUGAAUGAGGAGACAGUGUAAUGUGCAUGAGCGCACUACAGAACUCGCUCAUGUUUUCUAUAUCUUUGAUUAGUGACCGUCCACAAUAAAUGAGUGUGAGCAGCAGACGGUUUUACAUUUUAGGGUUAUAAGAUUUAGCCAGUCGUAUGUCUGACUCACUCACUCACUCAAACACACACACACACUGGCACACAGGAUUAUCAUUCACACAUUUAUCUAGGGUUGAGGGCCUGGUUUCAGUUUGUCUUUUAUGCUGGAUUACACCUGGCAGAUAAUUUCUCUUGCUGUGUCUUGUCUCUACUUUUCUGCCAAAGAACAUUCACACAAAUGGUCUGGAACAUGUUUGUUGUGGUUGUUUUAUUUCCCCCCCCCCCACCACCACACACACACACACACACACACACACACACACAAGAGGUAAAUAUGUAGAGUUUAAUGAGCCACCAUUCAACCAAGCUUAGCGGGGAAAAAAAUCAUUUAAGUGCAAUUACAUGAAUAGCACAUAUAGAAAUAUCAACCAGGUGCAGCUACUGGUGUAUGUUAGCUCACUUGGGCGCUCAAGUUAGCUUCAUAGUGUCUGUAAGACUAAACAGUAUUGGGGAUACCGCUGGAUGCAACAUUUAGUGAAAGAGAUGCCUCAGUAUUUUCUGACUGCAGGAGCUCAACACAGCCAGAAAUUUUACACUCAUUUAGGUUUGUUUGUCAGUCUUUUCUUAUUUCUGCUCACAUUUCCUGUACCCAGAAUUCAUAAACAUAUUUUAUAUUUUAAGGCUUUAUAAAUGACCUUAGCAUACUUCACACUAUAUUGUUUAUUUCUGCGAGGUGUAAACAAGAUUUUCAGAAGGAUGACCCAUUCGUUUUUUGUGUGUGUUUGUCUUGUUAAAUACAGUUGUAAAAAUACAUGUUUGUGCAAGGUGGCAUUGUUUAUCUAAUGCUUAUGCCUUUUGAGGUGCUUUCCCUGCCAAGCCCUCUCACAAACUGAGCCUGGUGUUUUCCUCUCUCUCUUUUUCUCCCACACGCAAGAAAUUUAGUACCACCUAUUACACUACCACAAUUUUUCCAAGUUGAUACUUUUUUUUUGUCUAAUAAAUCUAGUAAAAUAAUUACACUUUGUUUUGAUUUUGAGUAAUAUUAAUUUUAGCAAUAAAUCAGAGAGCGACACUUGACUUAAUGACUGACCCAAUCAAAUUAUUCUGAGUGUUAUUUUAGAGUAAUGUCUAUCUUCUCUGUGCAGUAUAGUGUCCGCAUCAUUAUAUCAUGUAAGGAGUAUUCCUGGUAUUAAAGCUCACUACAGGGAUUCAUUUUAAUUUCAGGGCACUCCUAAAUGUGAUGAAGUGUUUAAGUGUGCACUUUAUUGGUUCGGAUGCAUAGGCCAUAAGAAUAAAAGGUUGUUGCACAGCAGUGUUUCUCAGCUGUGUGUGAACUUGCAGUACAAACAAAGACUGAAGAAUAUUAAACUUAACACAAGAAUAUAUAGGUGCGUUACUUUUAGCUGGCUUUGACAUUUGUGUUAAAGGCCAAUACACCAUUCUUCCAAGUAUUGCUUCAUUCCAAACUGCUUCACAUAUGUUACAAUCCAGUUUUAAAAGGGCAGUUGAUUUUUUUUUAGAUUUAUCUUUGGAUAUUGCAUAUUCAUGUAGAAAGAGGACGAGCAUGUGGGAACACGGAGUACAGACUGGUCAUGUAAAGACACCCUAGUAACUUGAUUUCAACUUUUUUCCCCAACCUAUUCAUAGUAAAUCUAAUUUUUAUAGAGUAACUUAAAUAUACUCUAGAUGUGCUAUUUUGUAUGUUUGACUUGCAAUAGUGUACGAAUAAAAUGAUUUUAAAAUUUUUGAA